GAUGGCAGAGUGGAGACCUGCGUAGUUAAUCUUACGGAAUUAGAAACGACUGGCAUCAUGAGGAAUUUACUUGUAGUCGUUACUGUUCUCGUUGCCUUUGUUGUCUAUUCGCAACAGCAGGAAGCCAAACCAAAAUGUUUUCCAGACCACGUAUUUACUACUUGUGGAACAGCGUGUCCUGAAGCAUGCGAUUCCGAUCCAUGUCGCGUUUGUACUAGACAAUGUGUGAUUGGCUGCCAAUGUAGAGAUGGGUUUGUCAAAGCAUCCAGUAAAUCGUCUAUCUGCGUUCCGAAGAAGGAUUGUCCUAGAUGUUUAAAACAUUGUUAGUGGGACGACAUAUUAGAAAAAAACACUUUAUGCGCAAAAUAUUGAGUUUUACUCAAUUUUAUUAUUUUAAAAUUAUGAAAAAAUUAUUGUAAAUUCAAAGCUGG